UUCUGAACUCAGGAGAUGGAGGUGCCUCAGGAAUAUUUAUUUGAAUGAAUUUAAUGCAUUUUUUCCUGUGUAUUUACAGAUGAGACAUGAGUGGGUUUGGUUGGAUUCUGAUCAAGAUUAUCCCAAUGACUCUGAGUUGAGCAAUGAUUGCAAAUCCCUCUUCAGCUCAUGGGACUCCAGUCAGGAUCUUGAUGUGGGCAGCUGGAGGGAAACUGAGGAUCCAGAGGCUGAGGAACUAGAGGAAAGCAGCCCAGGGAGAGAAACUAGUGAACUGCUUGUUGGGGAUAGAGGCAGUGAGGAAUCUCAGGAAGAGGCAAAGCAAGUCAGCCACCAGAACCUCCUCCACUUUCUCUCUGAGGUAGCUUACUUAAUGGAGCCCUUGUGCAUUAGCAGCAAUGAAUCAAGUGAAGGCUGCUGCCCUCCAUCUGGUACCAGACAAGAAGGAAGGGAAAUUAAAGCUAGUGAAGGAGAAAGGGAGCUCUGCAGAGACACUGAAGAGCUUUCAGCCAAGGGAUACCCCUUAGUAGCUGAAAAGCCACUGGGAGAAAAUGGAAAGCCAGAAGUGGCUUCAGCUCCUUCAGAUAUUUGUGCAAUUCAGGGACCACCCACAGGGAGUGAAGAGGGGGAGGCUCAGCAAGAAUCCAAAGAGGAGGACCAGGGUGAAGUACAUGUGUCAGAGAUGGAAGAUCAGCCCCCUUCAGGCGACUGUGAUGAUGCCUUUAACAUUAAGGAGACUCCCUUGGUGGAUAUAUUUUUCAGCCAUGCUACCUCCUCAAAGCUGACUGAUCUAAGCCAGGAUGACCCUGUUCAGGAUCAUUUGCUAUUUAAGAAGACACUCCUGCCAGUCUGGAAGAUGAUUGCCAGUCACAGAUUCAGCAGUCCAUUUCUGAAGCCUGUGUCAGAAAGGCAGGCCCCAGGGUACAAGGAUGUGGUAAAAAGUAUCACUGAGGAGGAAUUUUUAUAUUUUUUGUAG